AUGCAUGCAUACUACGUUGUCAAUUGUUUUAUCCUGCAACUUUUCUUUGGCUAUGCCUUAGCAAGUCCAUCUCACUAUGUCAAGCGCGGUGCCGAAACAAAUGCUACACUCUAUGCUUAUGGAGUGAACGCCUCCUCGUGGCCCAUUGCCUACGGUCUUGAUGACGGAGUGUUGCCGUUUACUCGAAUCGCCUAUGUCAACGGGACUGUCACAGGAUUCGCACUGUUCGCCUCGCAGUUGGUGUACAACAACAAUACCGAGCUUGAAGCGCAAUUCUGGGCCAAGUCAACAAAUAUCACUGGCGUUUAUGGACUUAUUUGGACUCCUGAUGGGGAUAUACCGACUGGUGACUUCCCUGUUGUCGUUAAGGCUUCGGAAGAUUUCUAG